AUGGUGAUAUCCGCAACGGCCGCCAACGCGCAGCCUCUAGGGCUCACGCAGACAUGGCCUAAAGACAAUCGGCCAACAACGAUGGACAUCGUUGCUCUACACGGCCUGGACAGCCGAUCGGAGAGGACAUACAUGGCCUACGCUACCGAGGGAGACACAAGCUCAAGGCGCGUGCACUGGCUACGUGAUGAUGAUAUGCUGCCCGCGCAAUUUCCCACGGCGAGGAUAUUCACCUAUGACUGGCGGUCGAAUACCUACGAUGGCGCGUCCACGCAGCACUUUCACACACAUGCCCACACGCUCCUGAGCCACUUGUCGCGUGCCCGGAGAGGAGCCUUCACCAUGGCAGCCGGUCUUCGGGAGUUCGCCGACAUCUACGACUCCGCGUCCGGGUUCGUCUUCAUCGGCACACCCUUCCGCGGAGGCCAAGGCAGCUCCAUCUUCCGCUCGUACAUCCGCAUCAACCGCAUGCUUGGCAAGGUCUCGUCCCACGAGCUCACCGACCUCGUCGACAUGGACAAGAACGACAGCCGCCUCGACGAGAUCCGGACCCAGUUCUGCGACCACGCGCUGCAAAAAUGGGGCGCCGAGGCCCGCAAAAGGGUGUUUUGCUUCUACGAGACCGAUCCCACCAUGGUCUUGCGGGCUUUCCUGCCCCGCUGGGCCCAGUCAGACGGUGUGGAGAAGUUUGCUCGCGCCGUGGCUGGCGACAAGUUUAGCUUUCUUUUUGUCACUCCCGAGUCUGCGUGUCUCGACGCCUUUGGCCGCGAAGCCCUAAACGUCCGCCAUGCAAUGUCCAACAAGUUCCGAGGGCCCGACGACCAAAAUUUCCUCACCAUCGCCUCCUGCAUGGGGGAUAUGGCAACCGCCUCCCAAAUCGUCCCGCAAAAGUCUCCCAAGGUUGCCCCGAAAUUGGCAAUUGACGAGCUCGCCUUCGUCCAGAUUGUCCUGAACGAGCACCUUCCCAAGGCCCUCAACAACAACAUGGCCAAUUUCUUUAUGAAUUCACAACAAAAGCAUUAUCCUCGCCGUGCUUUCUCCACUCGGGAAGACACUCGUCGGCAUUCAAUCUUAAUUUAG